AUGGAGGAGAAGAAUGCUUUGAUGGCCUUUCUUCUGUUUGUGCUCUGUGUCUUCAUAUUGCUUGGAAAUAGCCUCAUUCUUUUUGUCAUUAAAACUGACCAAGGUCUUCAUGAACCCAUGUAUAUCUUCCUUUCCAUCCUAGCCUGCUCAGAUCUGGGUCUCUCCAUGUCCACCAUACCAACUAUGCUGAAGGUUUACUGGUGUAAUUGGAAGGAAAUCACAUUUAAUGCUUGUCUCACCCAAAUGUUUUUCAUCCAUGCCUUUCAAUGGUUGGAGUCUGGCAUUCUGGUGGCAAUGGCUUUUGACCAUGUGGUUGCAAUCCGUGAGCCACUAAGAUACAGAACACUCUUCCCACACACUGUUGUUGCAAAAAUAGGAAUAACUGCUGCUGUUAGAUGUAUUUGUGUCUGUUUCCCCGCUCCCUUUCUGAUUAAACGUCUACACUUCUGCAGAUCCAAUAUACUUUCUUACCCCUAUUGUUUUCAUCCUGAUGUAAUGAAGUUAUCCUGUGUAGAUAUAAAAGUCAAUAUCUUGUAUGGUUUGAUUGUGAUGAUUUUUACAUUGGGAUUUGAUGUUGCCUUCAUUCUUGUGUCCUACAUCAUGAUUUUGAAAACUGUUUUAGGUAUUGCAUCCCAUCAAGAACGUCUCAAGGCUCUCAACACUUGUAUUUCUCACAUUUGUGCCAUCCUCAUCUUUUAUGCCCCAAUCAUCAGUAUCUGUUUGCUACAGUGA